AUGAAGUACUAUGUGGACCUGGAAUGGAUUUGUCGCGGACUCGUCUGUCUGGGUGUUAAACACUGGUCACGCUUUGAGCAAUCGGGAGAACGAGAGGGACUUGACAGGUCUAUUUCUUAUUGGCGCAUUGCGUUGGGCCUUUGUCCUGAAAGUCAUCCAAGUCGCAACGAAAUAUGCAGCAAUCUUGGAAAUGCGCUUUUUUUGAGGUUCGAGAAUUUCGGCAAUAUAGACGAUCUACAUGAGGCAGUUGAUUGCCAUCGUGUUGUUCUGGAACUUCGACCACAUGGCCAUCCAGAGCGUUAUCUCUCUCUUAACCAACUUGCGGUUGCCCUUCAUACCCGAUUUGAGCAGGAUGGUCAGACAACAGACCUCGACGAGGCCAUCGAAUAUCAUCGUGCUGCCCUGGAACUUCGCCCCACUGGCCAUCUCGGUCAUUCCGAUUCUCUGAAUAAUCUUGGAAAUACUCUUUAUGCUCGAUUUAAACUGCAUGGACAGAAAAUAGACCUUGACGAAGCUGUCGAGCAUCAUCGUACUGCCCUCGAGCGUCGUCCCAAUGGCCAUCCCAAUUGUCCCGUGUCUCUUGAUAGCCUUGCAAAUGCUCUUUCAGCUCGAUUUGAACGGCAUGGUCAGCUGGGAGACAUCGACGAGGCCAUCAAGUAUCAUCGUGCUGCUCUAGACCUUUGCCCUGCCGGCCAUUCCAAUCGACCGCCAUUUCUGUUGAACCUUGCAAGCACCCUCAGAAUUCGAUUUGAUCAGCAUGGUCAAACCACAGAUCUUGAUGAAGCAAUCGAGCAUCUCCGCACUGUUCUGGAACUUUUCCACGUUGGUCAUCCAUAUCAUUAUGGAUCUCUGAGUAGCCUUGCAGGUACCCUUCAAACGCGAUUUGAACAGUAUGGUCGGAUGAAAGAUCUUGACGAGGCCAUCAAGCAUCAUAGUACCGUUCUAAAGCUUCUCCCAGACGACCAUCUCUGGCGAUCCAUGAUGCUUAGUAACCUUGGAACUGCUCUUAGCAUUCGGUUUGAACAGUAUGGACAGACAAUAGACCUUGAUGAAGCUAUCAAAUAUCAUUGUACUGCCUUGGAGCUUUGUCCUGACAGCCAUCUCGAUCGAUUCACAUUUCUUCAUAACCUUGCAAAUGCCCUUCGAAUUCGAUUUGUGCAGUAUGGUCGGACAAUAGACCUCGAUGAGGCCAUCAACCAUAAUCGUGCCGCCCUUAAACUCCUCCCAGACCGCCAUCCCGAUCGAUCCAUGUCUCUUAGUAACCUUGGAACUGUCCUUCAUACCCGAUUUGAGCAGGAUGGUCAGACAACAGACCUUGAUGAGGCCAUCGAGUAUCAACGUGCAGCCCUGGAACUUCAGCCUGUCAGCAGCCCUGCUUAUUCCGGAUCUCUGAAUAACCUCGCGCUUUAUCUUCGAACUCGGUUUGAACAACGUGGACAGAUUGCAGACCUCGACGAGUCCAUCGAGAAUAAUCGCGCUGCCCUGGAACGUCUCUCCGUUGAACAUCCUGAUCUUCCCAAGUCUCUGAAUAACCUUGCACUCUCCCUUCGAACUCGAUUUAAGCAGAAUGGACAGACUACAGACCUCGAUGAGGCUAUCAGGCAUCUUUAUGCUGCCUUGAAAUUUUGGCCCGUCGGCCAUCCCAAUCGCUCUGGAUUACUGGCGAACUUAGGUCUUUCGUUGUUCCGUCGAUUCGACCAGUCUGGCCUCAUGGAGUGUUUUGAUGAGUGUAUACAAUUACUCGAACAUGCUUCCGUGCACAGAUUUUCAAGCUUGAUUGGGCGUCUCAAGAUCGCCGAUCUAUGGGCUAAGAUUGCUCGGAAAUAUUCUCACCACACCACGUCUAAUGCCUACAGGGAAGCAAUGAUGCUUCUACAACGUAUCCUUGUUAUUAGUCCCAGUCUUCCAGCACAACACGACUUCCUUAACGAGAAAAGCGACUACAUAUCGCUGGCAUUAGACGCAGUAGCCUAUGCUGUAGAUAAAAAUAGACUUGAAGAGGCUAUAGAGAUACUUGAGCAAGGAAGGGGCUUACUCUGGUCACAGAUGCGCGGACUUAGGGCACCUCUAGAUGGCCUUGCAGAAGUGAACAAAGAGCUUGCUGACAGAUUCAGUGACAUUAGUUGUCAGCUGGAGAACCUUGCAAUGUCACCUACAGAGUCGCAGCUAAAGAGACGGCUCUCUACCGAGCAAGAGGAGCUCAUCGGCGAGAUACGGCGAAUUCCUGGGUUCCAGAGCUUUCUUGAAGCCACACCAUUUAAUGUACUCCAACAGGCAGCCUCAGAGGGUCCUGUCAUUGUGGUCAAUCACAGCAAGUAUCGAUCCGAUGUGCUUAUUGUUCCCUCACAUGAAGACAAGCCGGUUGCUUGUAUUCCAUUAGAUGGAAAGUUCUACAAGGAUAGCACUGAGUUGUGUGCCAAGCUUGUGGGAACGCGCACGAUCUCUGGGGCUUACUCUGCAGAAUAUGAUCAGAUGCUCCGACAAGCGAUGAGGACCUUGUGGGAUAGGGUUGUCUCCAAAGUCGUCGAUAAACUAAACGAGCUCGGAAUUGCCGAAGGAUCGCGCAUUUGGUGGUGCCCUACAUCCGUGCUGUCUGCGCUCCCUUUUCAUGCUGCAGGUCCGUUCAUGGACGAAGACGGUACGGCGGCGUAUCUAUUGGAUAAAUACAUCUCGUCGUAUACUCCGACACUUGGAGCACUUAUUGACGCACAAUCAUCAUGCAGAAACGGAGGAGAAUCAUCUGCUCUUAUUGUUGGCGAUAAAUCACUUCCGUCAGCUACGAAGGAGAUUUGCAACAUCAAGAAUUGUGGCAUACAGGUCAAAUUGCUCAAUAGCAAAACAUCCCAUGAUGCUGUGAUCAAAACAUUGCAGAAAGCAAGAUGGGUCCACUUUGUUUGUCAUGGAGGCUUAGAUCCAAAACCUUUCAACUCGUCAUUCAAGGUAUCCGAGCAUGGGUUGACUUUACUCGAUAUUAUUCAAGCGAAACUUCCAAACGCAGAGUUCGCAUUCCUUUCCGCCUGCCACACUGCCGAACAGUCUCACAAUGGCACAUACGAUGAAGCACUCCACCUUGCUGCAGCAAUGCAAUUUUCUGGAUUUCGAAGCGUGAUUGGAUCGAUGUGGGAGUUGCUUGAUGUGGACGGGCCCUUUUUCGCUAAGACAGUAUAUGAGUACAUGUGCAACUGCAACGAGGGCGAGGCGAGGUACAAGCGUGCGGCUGCUGGACUACGCAAGGCAGCUGUAGAACUCAAAGGACGGGCUGAAGUUCGGGCUGAGAGAUGGGUCAACUUGAUUCACAUAGGCGCUUGA